GCGCGGUCGGAGCGGCGCCCACAGCCGGCCCGGCCGGGCCGCGCCGCCGCCACCGCGGGAAGCGCUCGUUUCCACACUCUGAGGCUGCCCCUGCACAUCCCCCGAGGAGCUGGCGGGGCCCAGCCUUUCCUGGGGGAACAUGGACUGAAAAAAGGAGCUUUGCCAGCCCCCAGCUGCCAGCACCCUUUGCCUGGACCCUGAUGGACUCGGAGGCAGGACUGCAUUACCAUGGUGAUGAUCUUAACCAAAACUCGGGAAAACAAAGGUGCUGACUCCGUAACACGCAGGACUGAGCUGCACACUCCAAAGAUGAGUCAAGGACCUACCCUCUUCUCUUGUGGCGUGAUGGAAAAUGACAGAUGGAGAGAUCUCAGCAGGAAAUGUCCACUCCAGCUCGAGCAGCCGGGCGCCAGCAUCUGGGACUGCCUGUCGGACAAGGGCGAGGAUGGCUYGCGGUGGCCGAGGGACGCGGCCGGCACCUGCUCCGUCACCAACCUSAUCAAGGACCUGAGCCUCAGCGACCCUCACAGCAACCCCUCCGCCCCUCCCAGCAAGCGCCAGUGCCGCUCCCUGUCCUUCUCAGAUGAGAUGUCAGCUUGUGGAAGCUCCUGGAGACCUCUGGGCUCCAAGGUGUGGACGCCGGUGGAGAARCGGCGCUGCUACAGCGGCGGCAGCGUCCAGCGCUACUCCAACGGUUUGGCCACCAUGCAGAGGAGCUCCAGCUUCAGCCUGCCCGCCCGUUCCAACCCUCUGUGUGCUGAGCAUCCCUCCCUGGCUGGUCAGCCCCGCAAACCGGCCGUGGGAGGGCAUGGGGUGGGCAGGGUGGACAUSCAGAGGUCACUGUCCUGCUCGCACGAUGGCUUYUCGCGYUCGGAGGAUGSGGUGCCCUCGGCCAGCAGCACCCCYGCCUCCACRCCCGAGCUGGGYCGCCGUGCCCCRGGGCUGUCCCGCAGCCGCUCCCAGCCCUGCGUCCUCAACGACAAAAAGGUCGGGGUCAAGCGGCGCCGGCCGGAGGAGCUGCAGGAGCAGCGGCCRUCGCUGGACCUCGCCAAGAUGACCCAGAACCGCCAGACCUUCAACAGCCUCACCUGCCUUAGCGCCGCGGCCGAGGACGGUGCCCGGCGGCUCCAGCCCUGGAACGCGACCCCCGAGGUGAUGCCAGGCAGGACCCCCGCCUGCACCCCGGUCCCAGAGCCACCACGGGCACGGCCCCACAGCCACAGGGCCAGCAGGGACGAGCUGUCCUGCGAGGAGGAGGAGGAGAGCAAGGAGGAGGACAGGACGGCCUGGCGGAGCGGCACGAUGGGCACCGAGAGCCUCUUCCAGCUGGAUGGCGAGAUCGACAUCGAGCAGAUCGAGAACAACUGAGGAGGGGGCUGCUCCUCUCGCCCCGGGGGUCAGGGAGCUGCCAGUGGAGCUGUGGAGGGCUCCUCGUUUCCAGAGAGUUUGUGGGAUCCUGUCACUGCGCCCCUCCUGCCAGCUGGAGGGGACGAAGCGGCUUUGCCAAAAUUUCAUCAGGUAUUUUAGAGGAAUCCGUGUGCAUGCGUGUGUAAAUCUUGAAAUUUCUUUGUAACUACUGUAGCCAGAGAUCAGCCAGUGGGAGGAAAGUGCCUGUCCCAUGGGGAAACCAGGCACGGGGAUCGCCAAAAACUCGGAAUCCGCGAGUGAAUGGCUUUUGCCAGGAUAGGGCUGGAGCUGAUGGAGCUGGUCCCACCUGUGCUAGUUCAGAAAGGGGAGCACAAGGAGAAACCACCACCCCUGGGACUGGAAAAGGGAGGGGAAAGCAGAAUACUGAGAUUUGCAAAUGGAGCACUGGCUGGUGGCUGCUGGGGCAGCUCCUUUUUUCCGGCCACACCCCGUACCGCCCCGGCACCCUCCUCGCUCCCCAUGUCCCUGGAAGUGCCGUGAGAAGGAAAUCACAAGUGAAGUGUUUUGCUUAAAUUUAAUAAUGGCAAGAGCUGGAUUUUUACUCCUUUAUUUUUAGUAUUUCUGAUGAGGAAUUGAACACACCCCUGGGCUGUGUGGGGUGGCAUCCGCAGCAGCGCUUGCUGGGCGCUGCUCAGGGAUGCUCAAACGCCUUCCUUCCUUAGUUUUUUUCUUCCCAGCCCCUUCUCUCAUCCCUUUUGGGAAAAAAGCCCUACUCAGGCUCGGUGCCACCCUCAUUUAGGUUCCCAACACCCUGUUUUGAGCAGGGCUGGCUGUUUACCCAUUUAGCAGCAGCUGUGCCCUCUUUGCUACCCGGGGCACGGCUGCCACCCUCUCUUUUUUUGGCGUUACUGUGAAGGGCUGCGUGCCCGAGACACGUCGUGCAGGAGGGGUUACUUGACAAARUCAGCUGGCAAAAGGCUGAAAAUCCAGGUAGCAGCACUGAAAGCUUUUCCUCUUCCUGUGCCUUUUUUAAGCACAGAUAAAGUGGCGACCAUUAUGUUUGUACGAUAUGAAUUCUCUUUGCUAAAAAUAAGCUGUCCACUUGCUAACAGGUUUAGAAGGACGCAGAUUUUUUUUUUCUCUCCCUCUGGGAUUUUUUUUUUUGUUUGUUUGUUUGUUUGUUUAAAGCUCUAGGAAAGCUGUACAAAUGGCUUCCAGCAUGUUCUGGAUUCCUUCUGCUGGUUCCUUCAAGCUCAGGGGUUACUUCCCGAGCUUUGCAAAAGAAAGAAAGGARAAAAAUAAUCACUGAUAACAGGAGCAACUGAAGACAGGACAUUUUUAAUGGGGUUCAGCACCCCCAUGGGCAAUGCUUUGAGGGUCCAUAACUCAGAAAGGCUGAGAGCUGCUGGUACAGGUUUCAUUCAUCAUUUCUGGUUAUAUUAGUGCACUUUUUUCCGCAGUGGUUCAGGAUGCAUGUGGCAUCUCCCACCACGGUGGAACCCCUUGGUCGUUACCCCUGUCCUGGCACUGCAGAGGUUCUGCUGGUGGCAGUGGCCGUGUCCACUCCCUCCAGGCAAGCAGGACGAGCCCCAAAUAUUUUGGGAGGGGUAGAUAGGGAUGUCUUUUCAUUUUGGGGAMCCCUCCAGCUCUUUUAAAAAGUGUCGCUUGAUGCAUCACUCAGAAGAAAAUACACCCUGGGUUAAUUUUUAGCCCUCCUGUUGUGGCAGGAGCUGCUGGUCUCAGCUGUUUUGGGAAGGUCCAGCCAUGCCAGAGCUUUCCCAGGCUGCUGCCCCUCUGUCCACACCCCUGCAGUGGCACCCUCACAGCACAAUUCUUGGCUUUGAGUCUUCCUGAUGCUCCAUCCAUCCMUCCCUCCCCACCGCUGGCAGAUCCUGCUCUCGGGGCGCACAGGCACCUCCUCAGCUGAGCAAAAAAAGGGCAAAUUCACCCAAAUCCACAUCCAGCUGCCACCGCAGAGCUCCAGGCGGGCUCUCGUGUGGGCAUCCCCAGGGCUGGAAUUCCUAAGGGCUUCUGUUUUCUUUCCAAGGGCUGCUCUUGGUGCCACGCUAACCUCCACAGUGGGAAGGUGGCCAAUGGGCUAUGACCCCACUGUCCUGGAUGUGGUGGCCAAUGGGCUAUGACCCCACUGUCCUGGAUGUGGUGGCCAAUGGGCUAUGACCCCACUGUCCUGGAUGUGGUGGCCAAUGGGCUAUGACCCCACUGUCCUGGAUGUGGUGGCCAAUGGGCCAUGGCCCCACUGUCCUGGACGUGGUGGCCAAUGGGCCAUGGCCCUGCUGUCCUGGACAUGGUGGCCAAUGUACCACGGCCCCGCUGGCCUGGAAGUAGCCGUAGCAUUCAGUUUACAUUCAGCACAACCCGUUUGCCUUACUAAAAACGCUUCUCCAAUGAGUCAUGGCCUUACACUGGGCACGUUGGCGUAGGCACAGACUACAGUUAGCGACAGUUCUGAGGCCACGGUGGUGUUCUGUUGGGUGUUUCUUGUUGGGUUUGUAUGAUUUCAUGUACUUAUUCUCAGUUUAAGAAAGCCUUACUUUUUAAAAAAUUUUUUUUCUCUCUCUCUAUCUCUCUCUCUGUAGAGGUAAAACAUUUGUGGAUUUAUAUAUAUAUAAAUAUAUAUAUAAAUAAAGUAAUUAAAAAUAUUAAAUAUAAUAUAGUACGUGCCUCAGAUUCAGGGGACAUCCUGUUGAUUGUAAAGUCAGAAGUGGCGGUGCUCCCCCGGCGUCAGGAGAUCCAUCCCCUACGCAGUGGGGAGAGCAGGGAAUCCCCUGGGCAUCCUGCUCUUGGUUUGUAAAGGACUUCACCUAUUACACAGAUGCUUUGGGAACCCCCAAAUCCCCCAGCAGAUCCCUGCUGGCUGCCAGAAUGUGAUAUUAAUGCGCAGACAAGGGAUGUUUUUCCUUGCUAGGUAGCUAAAAUAGGCUCAUUGUUGUGAAGAUAAGUGGCUUGUCUAAGGUGUGACCCAGUCUGGGCAGCAGCUGUUUUGGGAUGRCACCAAAGCUGUGGCAGCAGCAAUAAAGGUUCACCAUCCUGAAAAAAAAAAAAUAGGAUUUUAAUACAGAAAGUCUUAGCAGGCGCACGAGAGUUUGCUGUGUGCUUUGCAGACGCAGCUCUUUGAGCCUGUCCCUAUGAAAGAGCACAUUAAAAAAAAAAAAGAAACCAACAAAAGAAGCAUUUGUAAAAUAGAUUGUGAUUUUUCCACGUGCUAGCAUAGCCUGUUGGGCCAAUAAAGUCGUGUUUCAAGUGCUUUGUUCAGAGCUCCUGGCUGCCCAGGCAAACAGACUGACGUAGGAUGUUCUAGGAUUGUAGCAGUGCUUUGCAGCGUGUGUGGGUUUGGUGUUCAAGAAAGAAAAAGAAGAGGAUGGCCAAAUAAAAAAAAAAAUUAAAACAAAAAUAAAAAAUAAAAAAAUGGGAAGAAGAAUGAAAACAAAGCCUUCUGAAGCUAUGACCUGUAGUAGCCAAGUCCCGCUGGCCAUUGCACAGCGCCGCGGGCCGUGCGUGUCCCGGGAGGGGCUGCCCGAGGGUCCCCUCUGUGGGCAGGCCAGGAGGCUGCUCCUGCCCCCUCCAUGACUUGAUUGCACUAGAGCAGCUCAAUCUCAGGAAAUUGCUUGUUACUUUUACUGUGUAAAUAAAGCUUCCUGGUUCAAUAACCCCUGAUGGUGUCUCG